UGUGCAUCGGAAACAUAUAUACAAACAUAUUCAAUCACAUACAUUGAUACAAAUGUUUGUAUUGUUCGAGAAUCGAACUCACGAGUAGAGUUGACUGGGUACGGUUGAAACAAGGCGAAUAUCUCGUGAAACGCGUUUUGUGAAGCUGUAAAGGCCAGCUGCGGCCAACAACAUUAGAGUAGUCUGAAAUAACAGUACGUGAUGAGGUAAGGGGUAGAAGGAAAGAAAGAAGCGUACGACCAGUCAAAAGACAAAUUUAACAACUAAGAUAAAUGGUUGAAGCAUUUAAUUCGUCAACAAUGAAGAUACCAAAUGUUUGCAAGCCCUGACAUAACGGACGAGCGCGAGACACGUUACAGCACCGUUCACACAUCAUACAAACAUGACAUUAAGCAUACACAGCACACAAACAUGUUUAUAACACUACUCUUUAUCUCUCAAGUACAGUGCGAAUGGGUGCAGAUCUCUCAGCAACAUUACAUGAAGCCAUACAAACCGUCAUACAACCCUACCGCUAUAACAGAAGCUGUAAACAGAAAAGGCGAAGCAUAUGAAAGUGCAUAUGUCAACGAAUCACUCGCACAUAUGUGGAAUAAAGGUACGGUUGAUAAGGUAUCGCAUAAGGGAAUAGUAAGUCGUGUGCAGCCUGAUUUAAUGGAAUCUGCUAGAAAACCAGCAAAUAACGGUGUUAAACCGUCUGCUCCUAAUAUCGAUUUAACUAAACAUCCUAAUCGCCGUUAUAAUUCUGAUAAAGACGCAGUUGAGGCCUUAGAAAUUCUAGCAGCUGAUGAGGAAUUUAAAAACAAAUAUGCAUUUAAAAAAGAAGUAUAUAAAUUAGAAGAUUCAUUACAGUUUGUAAGUAGUACUCAAGAAAAUGAAUACAACAUUCACGAAAGUGCAUCUACAGUAAAACAUCAAUACACUCGACCGCAAGUGUAUGAAGAGAGACUGAAAAAUUAUAAUCCUAGUGUGACGAAAGUAAAACCUAAUGUCCAAAGUGAUUUCGAACAUAAACCUGUACAAAAUGGAGAAGUUAUAACAACAAAAUCUAUAAUUAAAACAAGUCCGGACUACACUUCUCCAGCCGACAGCGACAAAAGUAAUGACAAGUUUAGCAGUUAUUCCAAUAUAGAUAUUUGGGAUAAACCGAAUUUAAAAAGUGCUACUCAAUCUUACAAGCAUGAUCAAUUGCCGGAUAUAUCAUUACAAAGACCUUUAAAAGGUCCUGCAAACCGUAUAUAUCUUAUAAGUAGCACUGAAAAAGUUGCAAAUGAUAAUUUGAAAGAAAAAAAUGCAAUUAAUGCAGAAAUUAACGUACUAAAUGAUAAAUUGACACGCGUAAAAGAUUUAAGACCACUAAAAGCAGAGUUUGUUACUAAAAAAGAAGAAUUCGAAGAUAUAGAUUCAGAAGCAACUGUUAGUGACGAAUCAGACAACCUAUACUUUGAGAAAUCUCCCGGUAGUAGUUUAAACGAGAAAGAAGAUUUAAAUGAUGAAGAACAGCUGACGAAUGAAAAAACAUUAGAUAAAAUGGGGAAUGUUAUAAAAUUUAUGAAAGUGGUUGCCGAAACAAUAUCGAAAAAUUCACAUAGAAGUGUUGACAGUAAAAUAAAGUAUUUGGAGAACCUCAAAAAUACUAUUGUAGCGAAUAUUGAAUAUCGAAUAGAGACUCUAUGGCCGGAUGACACCGUUGACCCCAAAAACACCAUACGUCGGAAGGCCCGCGCUGCCCAGCAAAUGGCGCGGGGGCACGUCGAGAUCCCUUCGGCAGAGAGUGCCCUGAUGACCAUAUCGUUCCUCACUUUCGCUGUGUACCUCAUCAAGCUAGUUUUGCAAGUAAUACAAACGUACAAGAACAAAACUAUGAUGGUGGCGCCCGCAGUUGUAGCGACAGUGGGGCGGGCCGCUAGUGCGGUGCUCACUCGACGGCACACCGGUCGAUAAAAUAAACAAUUCAAAUAUGUACUGAUAUUUUAUUACAUGUUUUUAGUUA